AUGAUCGAAUUACCUUUUGAAGUGAUAGCCAUUAUUUUGGGUUAUUUACCACCCGAAGUCAACAAAGCUAUAGUGAAUCCUUACUAUAAGCCUUUUGAAGUCCCAGAUCUUGUGAAGAUUGGUACAACUGAGGAGUUCCUUGUAACUACUGACAGAUUCCAUUUUUUGGAAGAUUCAGGUAGUAUCAAUCCAAUUACCACAUUCCCCAAUUUCGAAGCAUUUGUCAAAUAUUAUAAUACCCCACCCUAUAGGAAACUCCCCAAAGAAAUCAAUUAUUAUGAGACCGAUGGAGUACUUUUCCAUCGUUACUAUUUGAAAACCCCUGAAGACUUCAACACGUUGAUCAAGUAUCGAAGAUUCGAAGAAUUGGGUCUUGCAAUGAAUGAGUUUCAUUAUGAUUCCAUGAAAAAAGUUGAUAAUUUCAGAAAUAAAGUGAAAACCAUUGAUUUCUUAAGGGUUACGGGGUCUGAUUUUGAUGCUAGUCUUAUAAAAAAACAUUCAGUCAAAAAGUUCUUCUGUAAAGUCACAGAAGAUUUCGAUCCUAAAAAGUUCAAGCAAGUCCAAGUUCCUUUACUUUUGACUUUCGAGAACCCAAUAUCCAACUAUAAACACCUUCCCACUAAUCUUAUUGAGCUUUCCUUGGUGAUUAAAGAAUCCUCCAUUAAAUUGAAACUUAGUCAUUUGAUUAAAUUAACUAAAUUAUCCAUUGUGAUUGAAUGUCCAUCCUUAUUAAAGAAAGUUAGAAUGAGUUUACCUGAUAACAUUGAAAAUUUAACCAUCUUGAAUAAUAAAUAUUUCACUAUUGAUAAGAUCGAAUUGCCCAAGAAAUUGAAAUCUUUGAAUUUAGAAUGGUUCAAUCUUCCGGUAAAAUUCAAGUUACCCCCCAUGGUGGAAGAAGUCUUACUUUAUAAGAGUAAUCUUGACUUGGUGUACCCUAAAACCUUGAAGACUGCUAGGUUUGAUGAAUGUCGUUUUAUCAACAGUCUCAUAUUACCCACUUCAUUGGAAUCGUUGGAAAUCUACUUCUCCAAAGAAGAUAUGACAGGAGCUCCAAAAAUGAGCGAUCUUUUAAGAUUGAAAAAACUUAUAAUAUCCACAAGAGCUGUUGGGGAUCCUUUACCACUUGAUGCACCAACUGUGGAACCUAUUAUUAAUGUUCCAGCUAAUGUUGAACUGUUCACAUCCAUUGAUUGUAGAGGAACAUUUUACCUCAACACUAGAUUGAAAACAUUCAAUAUUCAAAGUCCUCCUGGUGGUGGUGGUCUUUUAUUGGGUAAAACCCCUGAAAGUGUUAAAUUCAUAAGAUUUUAUGAAAUUGCUAUCGAUCCUGGUUGGAUGCUUUCACCUAAUCUAUUAGGUCUUACUAUAAGUGGUGGAACUUGUAAAGACGAUUUCUUGAAAUUACCAGAUACAUUAAAAUUUUUGGAAAUUUUAGCUUAUGAUUUAGAAAAAAUCAGAUUCAAUGAAAAAUUGUUAUACUUGCUGAUAGAAAAAUGUGUUGUUGAUCAAACAUUGGUUAAAAAACUCCCUAAGAGUUUGAGAAGAUUUGGUCUUGCAAGAGUUUUAAACGAUGAUACUUACUCCUUUGAUUUCAGUGAUUUCAAAUUGGAGGAAAUUAAUUUGGAAAUUCCUUUCAGCUAUAUUGAAAAGCUUAUAUUACCAUCUACUAUCAAAAUACUUCGUCUUCAAGUACCUGACUUGGAAUUAACUAAGUUUGUUAAAUUGUCCAAUAUCGAUUUGAGCCGAGUCAAAAAUGUCAUGGUGUAUAAUGAAGCUAAUGAAUGUGUUAAUUAUAUCAAAAGGUGA